CAAAAUUCAAUAAAACUGCUGGCCCCUAGACUUUUCCAAAAAAAACAAUGUUAGGGGCCAGCAAUUUUUGUAAUACUAACCUGUUUUUUUGUUUUAAUUUUUCUUUUCUGUCUUUCUCUCUUCCUUUUCCUUGCCCUCCUUUUGUGCUUUUGUUAUAUUCUUCCUCUUUUCUUCUUUUGCUUGUGGCUCUCUACUUUGAUGGGCUAACAUAGGGAAUUGGAGGCUGCACGAGUGCCUUCAGUCUCUUCGCUGUUUGUCACCCAAGCGGACAAACAUAAAUACAUAGUCUUACCACUGACCAUUUUGGGGAGCAUAGAACAGAAAAGGAUGGAGGGGAGAGGAAAUAGUUUUGUGAAGAAUGGGGAGCUGAGAUUGCCUCCAGGAUUCCGGUUUCACCCGACGGAUGAAGAGCUGGUGGCUCAAUACUUAAAGCGCAAGGUCUUCUCCUGCCCGUUGCCGGCCUCUUUCAUUCCUGAGGUUGAUAUUUGCAAGUCCGAUCCAUGGGAUUUACCAGGUGAUUUGGAGCAAGAGAGGUACUUCUUCAGCACGAGGGAGGCCAAAUACCCCAACGGGAACCGAUCCAACAGAGCCACUAACUCGGGCUACUGGAAGGCCACGGGCUUGGACAAACACAUCGCAACUUCAAAAGGCCACCAACUUAUUGGCAUGAAGAAGACUCUCGUCUUUUACAGAGGCAAGCCUCCUUAUGGAUCAAGAACAGAUUGGAUCAUGCACGAGUAUCGCCUUGUCUCCCACUCCCACCUGCUUCCCAUGCAAAAUUGGGUUCUCUGUCGCAUAUUCUUCAAGAGGAGAGCACCGGCUAAUGCUAAGAAUGUUCUACUGGAUCACAAUUCCCAUUCGGCAUCAGCAUCAGAGGCCUUCACCAUCAGCCAUGUGGGCAGCAACUCUAAGGUGGUUUUCUACGAUUUCUUGGCACAGAACAGGGCUGAUUUGAACCGCGUGCCCCCUCCUGCUUCUUCGACCUCUGGCACCAGUGGAAUCACCACCGAAUCCGAUGAGCAUGAAGACAGCAGUAGCUGCAACAGCUUUCCUUUUAUCAGGAAAACAUAUAAUCAUCACAUUCAUUCAAUUCAUGGUCAACCAUUAUGGGAGCAAGCAGAGGAAUACAACAGACCACAUGCACCUAAAAUCAAGAAGAAACCUGGAAAACUCAAGAUGAAGAGAAGGAUGGAUGCAGAUGAGAAGAGUGGAGUAGGAACUAAAAAGCCUAAAGUUGAUACAAAACUAUUGAGUAACAGUGGAGAUAAUAUACAUCUAAAAAGGCAGUUGGAGACCUUUACCUGCAACUUCUGUGGUGAAAAAUGACAUACAAAGAGAGGUUACAAAAAGAAGAGGGUGGCUGAUGCUAUCGCUGCUACCGAACCGGCUGAGAAGAAGAAAAAAGAUGGAAAAGAUCCUACAUCUGAGCGGCAAGUUGAACAGCCUCAAGAUGAUGGUGACCAAGGUGAUGGGAAAAGCAAUCAUGUUGCACAACCAGUGGAGAUAGAGAUAUCUUAGCCAAUAGCUUCUAAGGCAGAAGAUUCUCAAUAGGAUCCUGGUAUGAAAAGGCAUUCAAAGUUGUCACCAAGAAGAAGAUCUUCUCUACUGGCAACCUCUCCAACAGUGAAUCCCUUGCAGGGUGCAUCUUCAGGAACAUCAACAAAAUUUGUCAAUUUGAUGAAGUUCGUCUCAACUCCAGGAUUUAAGUCUCUAAGAAAAAAGAAUUAAAGACUUUAGAUAAAUUUGUAUAGGGCCUUCUGUUUUGUGUUAUUAGGCUUUUUCACUAGACAAUGACUAAAUGGUGAAUUGUGAUCUUUUAUGUUUUGUUGUGAUGUCUUCCUUUUAAGGCAA